GAAUACCAGCUGAGAACUGUUAUUGGGUUUUGUAUAUUUUUAAUUUUUGUACCUUGAAUUGUUGAUAAAUCAAAACUAAAAUGGAAAAAAAUUUAGAGCAUUCAUUAGACCAACUUAUCAACACGCCAGGAGUAUACGGAUGUGUUUUUGCAGAUAGACAUGGACUCUGUUUGGGAAUGAAAGGAGAAACUACAACAAACAGUGCUGGCAUUAUUGGUGCAAUUGCAGAAGAAGCCUUAAAAAUUGAACCAAAUAGUAAACCUCCAGUUAUACAUUUUGAAAAUGAUAAUCGUUCAUGCACUAUUCAAAGGAUCGGUACUAUAACUGGAGCUAUUUUCAAGAAUUUACAAAGUUAAACUAUAAGUCCCAUUUUAAUACAAUAUAAAAUAUCUGUUUUGUAAUCACUUUUUGGAUGUAGCAUGAUCAUUUAUUUUUGGGUGUAUCUAGAAUUUUUUUAAGAUAUUUUUAUAAAUAUUAUUAUAGAAUGGUAUAGGAUUGUUAUAAGAUAAAAUAAAAGUGUUUCGAUAUAAGUU